AUGGAGUUUGUACCUGCGCCUGCUGUCCACAGAGUGCUCUGCGCCGACUGCGGUGUACCCAUCGUGCCGAAUUCCGCCAACCUCUGCGUGAACUGCCUGCGCAAUACCGUCGACAUCACCGAAGGCAUCCCAAAACAAGCGAGCGUCAGUUUCUGCCGCAACUGCGAGCGCUUCCUCGCGCCGCCGUCCGCGUGGACGCCCGCGAGGCCCGAGAGCCAGGAGCUGCUCGCGAUAUGCUUGAAGAAGCUCAAGGGCCUGCCGAAGGUUCGGCUCACGGAUGCGCAUUUUAUCUGGACGGAGCCGCAUUCGAAGAGGUUGAGGGUGUCGUUGACGAUUCAGAAGGAGGUGCUCACGAACACGAUCCUGGAACAAGUCUUCGAGAUCGAGUACCUCGUCCAGCACGGCCAAUGCCCAGACUGCGCCCGCCUCGCCGCGAAAAACACCUGGAAGGCGCUCGUCCAAGUGCGCCAAAAAGUCCCGCACAAGCGCACCUUCCUCUACCUCGAACAGCUCAUCCUCAAGCACGGCGCGCAGAAGGACACCAUCUCCGUCAAAGAGGUCCGCGACGGGCUGGACUUCUACUACGCGAACCGCUCGCACGCGCAGAAGAUGGUCGAGUUCCUCGCGGGCGUCGUGCCCGUGCGGAGCAAGACGAGCGAGCAGCUGCUCAGCUCGGAUACGCACUCGGGCACGGCGAACUUCAAGUACACGUAUUCGGUCGAGAUCGCGCCGAUCUGCAAGGACGACCUCGUCGCGCUGCCGCUCAAGCUCGCGCGGCAGCUCGGCAACAUCUCCCCGCUCGUCGUCGCGAGCCGCAUCGGGAACAGCAUCCACGUGCUCGACCCCGCCACGCUGCAAAGCGCCGAGCUCUCCGCGGCGUCCUUCUGGCGCGCGCCGUUCGACUCGCUCGCGAGCGCGCCCGAUCUCGUCGAGUUCACCGUGCUGGACGUCGAGCCCUCCGGCGGCGCGCGCGGGCGCUUCGUCGAGGCCGACGCGCAAGUUGCUCUCUCGGGCGCGUUCCGGAGCGGCGCGGGCGACGCGAUGGACGAGGACGGCGCGGGCAGCCUGAUCUUCCACACGCGCACGCACCUCGGCGCGAUCCUCCAGCCGGGCGACUCUGCGAUGGGCUACUACCUCACGAACGCGAACUUCAACUCGCCCUUGUACUCCGACAUCCCACCGCACCGCGUGCCCGACGUCGUGCUCGUCAAAAAGGCGUACCCGAACGCGCGCAAGAAGAGCCGCUCGCGGACGUGGAAGCUGCGCUCGAUCGCGCGCGGGGCGGACGAGGAGGGCGCGGCGACGAGCAGUGCGCGGGGGAUGAUUGGGCGGAGUGGGGGGCGGGAUCAGAAGAAGGUUGAGGAGGACUAUGAGCUGUUUUUGAGGGAGCUGGAGGAGGAUCCGGAGAUGAGGGCUGCUGUUAAUCUGUAUAAGGCGGGCGAUAGGGAGGGCGGGGACGCGGCUAUGAGGGAGGUUAGGGGGCCGAAGAAGGGGAAGAGGGCACAGUUUGCUAUGGAUGUUGACGAGGCACCUGAGCCAGCGCAACCGCAGCAGCAGAGCGCAGAGGAGGGUGGCGAGGAUGGGGAGGAGGAGGAGGAUGAGCCGGAUUUCCCGCAGGUUGGGAUCGAUGAGUUGUUGGAUGAGUUCGACGAGAUGACGUUGGCAGAGGAUGAGAAGGGUGAGGAGAUACAAUAG